UAUCCAAAAAUGUUCGCCUCACGACAAAUUGUUUCACGUUUCAUGCAACAAACAGCUCGCCGCUACCACGCGGGCGAGGGCCACUUCAAGCCACCGACCAUGGACGAUCUGCCGGUGCCGCGCGGCUCGUGGCAGGCGCAGUACGACGCCAACCAGCGGAGGUACAACGCCGCUUUGGUCCUCGGCAUCGGCUUCUGCGCUGCCACGAUAGUCGUUGCCAAGACAAGUGGACUGGUAUACCUGAACUACUCUCCGCCUGCAUCUCUGGAUUAAGCACCUUCACUUCGUUGGAGCAACCAAGCUUUUAUAAACACUGAAGUGGAAUCCAGAACUGCAUCACGUAUUUAAACCACUCGCUGACAAGAUUAUUUUAAAAGCUUGCGAAAAAUCUUUAAAUUAUAAUAUAAUCUUAGGCUGUUUGAAUAAAUAGAAAUCAAUUGCAAC